CAAUCAUGAUACUGAAUUUAAUUUCUCAGAAGUGAAUGAUCAAAUAGAAUAAACACGAAGAAUAUAAAAUGAAAAAGUUCUAAAAAACACAUAAAAUAGAAAUUUGCAGAUGGCUAACUUGCCUUAGUAAGCAUAACCCAUAAGAAUUACUUUUGAUUAUAUUUUAUUUGGUUAAAAUUAAAAUGAUAUAACUAUUCGUUAAUAAAAUAAUUUAAAAUAUAAAAUGAAUUUUAUUUAAGAAUAUUUGUAAUAACUUUUAAAAGUAAUACCUGCUUUAGGGCCUAAUAUAUAUAAUAGUGAAAGAUGUUAGAAUAUAAAUAUUCCUCCAAAAUAUAGAGCAGAUGGUGAGAGAAAUUCUGAUAUUCAUAUUUGGGUUGCCUAAUAUAAUAGUCCAGAUUCUUCUAAUUUAGUUAAUGCUGUUCAUUGUUAAAUGGAUCCAGCUUUAAAAAGAGUUAAUUUUGGUAUUAUUACUGUAAAUAUGAUAAACUUCGAUAAUAUAAAUUAAGAUUUUACUUAUCCUGGAUUCAAAAGAGAUUUAAAUGUUAUUUUGCAUGAAAUGUUGCAUAUUUUAGGAUUUUCAAGAGGUUUAUAUAGAUAUUGGUUAAAUCCUUAAACCGGAAAUUAUUAUGAUAAUGAAAUAAUUAAUUAUGUAAGAACAGUUCCUAUAAGGGGUAAAUAAACUAUUAUCAUGUCUACUCCAAAUGUGCUUGCUACUGCUAGAAAAUAUUAUGGAUGUCCUACUUUAGAAGGAAUGCAAUUAGAGAACGAUGGAGAUAUUAAUUCUAUUGGUUCUCAUUGGGAAAAAACAAUCCUCUUUGAUGAAUUGAUGACUGCCGAUUCUUCUGGAAGGGAAUUUAUAUUAUCUAUUUUUACUAUUGCUGUAUUAAAAGAUACUGGUUAUUAUGCUGAAGUAAAUGAAAGUAUGGCUAAUAAUAUAUAAUGGGGAAAAAAUAAAGGAUGUGAUUUUGCUCUUAAAGCUUGCUAAUCUAAUACUUAUUAUUCUGAAUUUAAUUAAACAGAACAUUCUCGUCAAUAAUAAUGCUCUUCAUAAAAUGAUGGCUAUGGAGAAGUUGUUGAAAGUAGUUUCAUGGAUAAUUGCAAAAAUAUUAAAAAUUCUGUUUAUUGUGAAGAUUAUAAAGAGAAAAAAUAUAAUGAUUAGUAUCAAUUGUAAUAUUAUGGAGUUAAUUCUAGAUGCUUUCAUUCUACUGCUAAUAAUGGAAAUCGUAAUUCCCAUAGAAAUACUCGUUGUCAUCACGUUAUAUGCUCUCCUGAUUUUACUUAUAUUACAAUAGAUUUUCCCCGUGAAGAAUUUCAAAAAUUAGUAUGCAAUUAAUAAGAUGAAGGAAAGUAAAUAGAAGUCGUUUAAGGAAAACCAGAAUUUGGUUACAUUACUUGUCCUAAUAAUUUAAGAGAAUUUUGCAGUUAUAAAGAAUGUCCUAAUUAUUGUAAUUAAAAGGGUAUCUGUAUAAAUGGAUAAUGUAUAUGCACAUUUGGUUGGGCGGGAUCUGAAUGUAGUAUUUAAAUAAAAUCUGAUAAAUAAUUUGUUUUAGAUGAUAAAAACGAAAAAUGUGUUUAAUAAUGUCCCUAGGGUAAAUUUGCAAAUCCUGAUAAAGUAUGUAGAGAAUAGUGUCCUAAUGGUUAUUACUAAGAUAAUAUAAAUAAUAUAUGUGCUAAGUGUGAUAUGUCAUGUAUAAAAUGUUCUGGUGCUUCAAAGAAUGAUUGCUUAGAAUGCGGUUUCUUGACAUAUUUGGAAGAAGGAAAAUGUGUAAAAUAAUGUAGUAAUAACUUCUAAUUAAUAAAUUAAAAAACAUGUGAAAAAUCAGUAAGUUAAGGAUGUGAGUAAGAAUGUGAGAGAUGUGAUUCUGAUGCUCAUGAAUAAUGUACUAAAUGUAAAGACUAGUUCUUUCUUAAUUUAAAAACUGGUAAAUGUGUUGUUGUUAAUUAAUGUCCAGAAGGAACAUUCGCUAAUUAAGAAAAUAAAACAUGUUAAAUAUGCGAAAUUAUAGGAUGUAGAUAAUGUUAAUCGCAAACUAUAUGUGCAGUAUGUGAUGAAUAUUCAUAAUAUGUUAAAAUAGGGGAUUAAUGUGCUAAAUGUUCUUAAUAAUGCUAAUAAUGCUCAAGUGACUUAAAGACUUGCCUUUCUUGUAAAAGUGGAUUAUUCUUAUAAGAAGGAAAAUGUGUUUAUUAAUGUUCUGAAAAUUAAUUUGAGGAUAUCGAAAAAAGAGAAUGUGUUCCAAUUAUUAAAUGUUAAUAAGGUGCUAUUUACUAUUAUAACAAUAAAUGUUAUAAAAGUUGUCCUUCAAAUACGACAUAUAAAAAUAAUAAAUGCUUAAAAUGUAAUAAUGGUUGUCUAUUAUGUUUAGAACAAAGUAUAUGUGAUAAAUGUGAUACUAAUAACGGUUGGGAACAUAUUGAAUUUAAUAGGAGUAAUUGUAGUAAUAUAUAAUGUGAUGUUUCAUCAUGUCUAAAAUGUUCUAAAAACAAUAAAAAAAAAUGUACAUAAUGUUAUGAUGGAUACAUAUUGUAUAAAAAUAAGUGUUUGCGAUUUUGUCCUGAUACUUAUUAUCAUGAUUUGAAUAAAUAAGCAUGUAUAAAAUGUCGUAAAGGAUGUUUAAGUUGUUCUUCUUAAGAAUGUUACGAAUGUGAUAAUAAAAAUGGUUUUUAUUAUUAAAAUGGAAAAUGCAAUAUAAAUAGAGAUGGUACAACAAAUAAUGAAGGUGAUAAAAUUGAUAAUGAAGGUAAUAAAAUUGAUAAUGAAGAUAUUAUUACAGAUGAUGAAGAUAUAAAUAAAAAUAAUGGUAUAAGUAUAGUUAAAGGAAAAAGUAAUAUAAACAGUGGAGAUAUUAGUAGUUAUUGUUAUUAAACACUAUUUUUAUUUAUA